AGUAUGUGAACUGUGAUGCGUUGCAUGCAACUGACGACGACGCCGACACUCGUUAAUAUCGAACGGCACUAUAAAUUGUGCAGCAAAGCGCAUGACUGGGUGCAUUCAACAAAUCACAUUGUAAACGCAGUGAACACAAAAUCAAAAAUCAAAAAUUUCACCGACGUCAAGACAAUUGCGCGCAUACGAAGCAAGUUUCUUCUUAGAAAAAAGCACAACUGUGAAGUUUUUAUUGCCGCAACAAUGAAAGCAUACGCGAAUUUGUGCAUUGCCAUCGCAGUGAUUUCGAUUAUUGCUUGCCUCGAUGGCGCUGAAGGAUAUGGCAUGCGUGGCGGUGCACGCGGCAUCCGGCAGGAGGAUGCGCCGGGCGAAGUGCCGCAGGAGUUCAACGCGAGGGCACGUCGUGCUGCAGCGGACGAUGUACCGCAGGAUGCGCCGCAAGGACUCAGGGAGAGAUUCCGUCGCGCUGCUGAAAAGUCGCUGAAUGAUGAACCUGGUGAAGUACCACAGGAGUUUCACUCGAGGGCACGUCGCGCCGCAUUAGAUGAAGUACCCGAGGAUGCACCACAAGGUCUCAAAGAGAGAUACCGUCGCUCUCCAAUUAAGUUGGCUGAUGAAGAACCCGAAGAUGUACCGAAGGGAUUAUAUAGUGUAUCUGCUCGACAACGUCGCUCACCACAAAUGCCUGUUCCGGAUGGUGUUCCAAUGCCACCGAUGCCGCCAAUGCCACAGUAAUACAUUAGUAUUUAAAGGCGUUUUAUGAAAGGCGCUCCACCAACUUUCAGGGAAGCCUGGAAUAUACGACUAUAUUUUGACGACAAACCUUAAUUGCUAAUAAAUGAAAUUUUCACGAGAGACAGCGGAACAGCCGAAUGAUUUAAACUUUGUAUAUUAUUAAUAAAAAAAAACUUUACUUGCAUUGCUUUAA